AUGUCUUUUGAAAAGUCAUUUCUUGACGACAAGCGUUAUGUCAGGGGUUACGAGUUUCAAUGGACCGAGAACCAUUUGACGGCAGAGCAGCUCAUGCCAUUAAGACGGCAAGCCGAUGACCUUGCACUAGCUGUUGUCGAGAGACUGCUGGCCAUCAUAGCAGCUCAGAAACCAGAGAAGGGCGGGGUGAACAGACCAGACCUGUACACAGUCCUGAAGGAAAACUAUGCAAAUGAUAGCAUUCUGCGUCAAUUCUGGGAGGAAACCCACUGUGUCCCUGACUGGGUGGACUGGGAAGAGAUUGAAAAGGGUCAGGUCUUCCUCUAUCGAUAUCUGGCACCAAAUAUCACCGGCAUUGUGCUUCAAGGCUGCUUAGGAGAAAAUGCCACAACGGCAGGAACAGCAGAGGUCUUCAUCAGGACUGGAGGCUUCAACGUGCCUGUUUUGCCCAAGCGAUUCCUUGAAACAUUCCAGUGGCAGAUCCAGGCUACUCAGUCGUUGCAGUCAGUUCAACCUGGUGGCGACGGCCAUAUCUCCACCAUUCGCGUGAGACUUUUGCAUGCGAUGGUGCGCCAUCGGAUUCUGAAAAUCGUGGAAAAGAAUUCGGAAUACUACGAUUUCGAAAAAUACGGUACUCCCAUUAAUCUUCUGGAUUGUAUGCACGCUAUUUGCGUCUUCUCUUGCAAUACACCGUUCGUCCAAUUACCCAAGAUGGGGAUAAAACCCGAUCCACAAAUGUUAAAGGGAUACCUGGCCUUAUACCGCUAUAUCGCCUAUCUUUUAGGUACCCCGGCAGAGUACUUUGCGACUGUUGAGCAGGCCAAGGCUACUAUGGAAAGCAUCAUGCUCAGUGAGCCUGGCCCCACGGCAUCUUCCAAAGUCCUUACUGAAAACUUCAUCGAGAUGAUCCGCGAUUUCCCGGGUAUCAACAUAUCCAGGUCUUUGAUUGAAACCGGUGUUCGAAAGAUGAAUGAUGAUCAGAUGGCGGAUGAAUUGGGACUUUCGAAACCGGGUUACUUCUUCCAGGCUCUUUUUCGAGGAUACUGUGGCAUUCUUGUCGUCAUUUGUCAACUGCAACAUUGGUUUCCAUCUUUUGAUAGAUUUAUGACCAACAUUUCAAAGCAAUUCCUCAUAGAUACGGUUUUGGGGUCUUCUAUGCUCAAGGGAGGGUCCAAGUAUGAAUUCAAACACGUCCCUAGCCUGAAGAAACGGACGAACCGCCAGUUUCGAGAGACUGGAAAUGCUGGGAUGUUUAGACCCGUGGAGACUCUCAGCUGCGUUUCAUUCCUCAUCCAGGUUCUCCUUCACGUAGUCCCCCUUCUUGUGAUGGGCAAGAUUUUGAGUGGGGCCAUUCAAACGGUAUAUACGGCGAACUAG